CAGAGGAAUCAGCAUGGUGGAGUUUGCACCUUUGUUUGUGCCCCUGGAAUGCAGGCUGCACACCUUCGCGGUCUUUCAGUUGAUCUUCUCUUACUUGGCCCUACACUUGGUCUGCAGCAUAGUAUUCAUUGGCCUACUGUUGACAAGAUUCUGGAUGAUCAGUAAUCUGUACAUCAUCUGGUGGUACCUGGAUCGAGACAUGCCAUGGCAAGGGGGCAGGCAGAGUGCUUUCAUAAGGCACUGGACCAUAUGGAAGUACACGAAGGACUAUUUCCCCAUCUCGCUGGUGAAACCCGCUGAGCUGGACCCCUCCCGGAACUACCUCGCUGGCUUCCACCCUCAUGGGGUCCUCGCCACUGGAGCUUUUACCAACAUGUGCAUGAAGGCCACGGGUUUCUCCUCAGUUUCUAAAGGCAUCCGCUCACAUCUGAUGAUGUUGCACUGGAGUUUCUGGGUCCCUGUCUUCAGGGAUUGCAUCAUGUCAGUGGGGCUGGUCUCAUCAGACAUGGAGAGUGCUGAUCACAUUCUGAGCAGGAAAGGAGGUGGCAACCUGCUGUCCAUCAUUGUUGGGGGUGUCCAGGAGGCACUGAAUGCCAGGCCUGGAACCUUCAAGCUGGUGCUGCGGAACCGCAAGGGCUUCAUCAGGCUUGCCGUGAUGCACAGGGAAGCUCUGGUGCCGAUCUUCUCCUUUGGGGAGAAUGACAUAUAUGACCAGGUUGAGAACUCUUGGGGUUCCUGGUUUCGGUGGUUCCAGGACCAACUUCACAAGAGCACUAGAGGCUCCAUCCCUCUCUUCUAUGGCCAUGGAGUCUUCCAGUACAGCUCUGGUCUUAUGCCCUAUCACCGACCCAUCACCACUGUGGUGGGGAAGCCCAUGGAGGUGCAGAAGACACCACAUCCCUCCCAGGUGGGGGUAGGUUUCACCAGCGCUACAUGA